AUGAUUUACAAGGAGUGGGUUUAAUGACGUUUGUAGUUAAAGUGGGAUGCAACUUAGAGCACCAUCACUUGACUAUGUUCCUCUCAUUUUAUCUGUUCAUUUUUGCCUCAUUUGUUUUUUGGUUGCACCGCCUCAAAAACCUUGUGCGUCUACAUGUAUAUAGAACUUUUGGUUAAAACAGAGUCACAUAUCUUAUAACUAUUUAAAUUUUGUUGCAUAUCACAAUAUAUAUUUGUUCAUACAUUCAAACAUGUAUGGCAAAUACUGAGGAGGAACAUAGAAAAAAAAAUGAAAAUUAUUGUUAGUACAAUUGUAUAUGUUAUUGACAUGGUCAUGCAUUGGUAUAGUAAGAGUUUUCUCGUCGUAGAACUUUCAAAUGAUUGGAAUCAAGGAAGACAAUCUUUUCCCCAAUUAAUUAUUCUCGCCAUAUUUUUCCUUAGCGCCGUUAAGUUUCACUUAAAAAGCAAAAGAAGAAGGCUAAAAUUAAGGUGAAGAACCUGCCUCCACUAAUUUCCAUGAAGUUGCAGUAAGGACAUAAAUCACCUUCCGUGAAGUUUCAGUAAGGACUUCAAAUAUCCCAGAGAAAAGUCAGUCAAUGGUGUUUUGACAGAGUCAGUCAACGGCAAAAGACAGAAUUGUGUAUCAUAAUGCUCUCUCCCUCUCUCUCUCUCGUCAAUGGAUGACACCGUAUAAUUACUACUUGGAGCAAGCCAUGCGUGCCUGGAAUCCAAGUGUGGCGAUGAUCAAGGCGCAGCUAUCCAUUUCCCAUUGCGCAUCAGCCGCAAACAUCAUUGUGGAAAUCCUGGGCUUGAAUGCAAUGUAAGAUAUGAGCAGCAAAUACUAGUAAAAUUAUUUGUCAAACACAUAGAUUACAAGAGUCAGGAAAUCCAAGUGUAUCCCCCAAGUAGCUGCCUGCUGCUAAAGUCUGUUGAAAUCCCAAACAUGCCACCCUCUCCCUUCAACGUGUCAGUCGAUGACAUGAGUAACUUGACCUUAUUCAGUUGUACUACUUCUGUUGCAAGCGAUCCAUAUCCGUAUCAAUUCCCCUGCCUCGGCGACCCUGGCCGCAUAAUUUAUGCCGUUGAUUCCAGUUCUACAUAUCUAUUGGAAGAUCUCUUCCAGAAAGUACAAUCUUGUUCAAAGAUGUAUGAUGUUUUAUCAGUUCCAUUCGGUUCUUGGGUAGGCGGUUAUAAUGUUCGUUUCAAAUGGUCUGAACCAAAUUGCACAGUAUGUGAAGCACAGGGAAAGAGGUGUAGGUGGAAGAACGAUGGCACAAAUAGUGAAAUUAAAUGUCUUGACUGGAAGAAACCAAGCAACACAUGGAAAAAAGUGGUUACAGGUGGAAUCCUGGGUGCUUUGCUUCUUGUUCUACUGAUGAUUGCAGCAUAUCGGGUACAUAGCGCUGAUAGAAAGGAGAAAGAGAGUCGAUUAAGAAUUGAAAGAUUCUUGGAGGAUUACAAAGCACUCAAACCAACCAGGUAUUCGUACGCAGAUAUUAAGAGGAUUACAAAUCAAUUCAAGGACAAGUUGGGCGAAGGAGCCUAUGGAACUGUCUUCAAAGGAAUGCUCUCUUCCGAAUUCUUUAUUGCUGUCAAAGUCCUCAACAGUUCCAAGGGAGAUGGGGAAGAGUUCGUAAAUGAAGUGCGAACGAUGGGUCAUAUCCACCACGUCAACGUGGCUCGCUUGGUUGGAUUUUGUGCUGAUGGAUUUGCACGAGCUCUUGUUUACGAGUUCUUCCCCAAUGGUUCCCUGCAGGAUUUCAUUUCAUCUGCAGAUAGUAAGAAUUCAUUUCUUGGUUGGGAUAAGUUGCAAGAUAUUGCCCUAGGCAUAGCCAAAGGAAUUGAAUAUCUUCACCAGGGAUGCGAUCUACGAAUCCUGCAUUUCGACAUCAAACCCCAUAAUGUUUUGCUAGACCAAAACUUCACUCCAAAAAUUUCUGAUUUUGGUAUGGCCAAGUUAUGUUCCAAGGAUCAAAGCUUGGUGUCCAUGACUACAGCUAGGGGGACCAUGGGCUACAUUGCACCUGAAGUGUUUUCCAGGAAUUUCGGAAAUGUGUCUUACAAGGCAGAUGUCUAUAGCUUUGGAAUGCUGCUGCUUGAGAUGGUAGGAGGAAGGAAGAAUAUUGGUUCAAUCACGGAUAACACUACAAAUGAAAUUUACUAUCCACAGUGGAUUUAUAAUCUUCUAGAGGAAGGGGAUGACCUACAAAUCCACAUUGGGGAAGAAGGAGAUGGUAAAAUUCCAAAGAAACUUGCAAUUAUAGGGCUAUGGUGUAUCCAGUGGCACCCGUCGGAUCGUCCUUCCAUGAAAAUAGCGGUUCAGAUGUUAGAAGGAGGAGGAGAAAGCUUGAGUAUGCCGCCUAAUCCCUUUGUGCCUACUGGUCCUACAACUAGAAAUGCAAGACGCCUAGAGCUAGAAGCUAUUGCUGAAUUAGAGUAAAAUGUAUAUGCAGAUAUGUAGACGUAUAGAUAUAGUAAUAUUUACAUUGAAUAAGAGGCCGUUUGAUAACCA